GGAAGUUGAGUUGCUGGCUGACCGGAUGUUGGUAAAGUGGCUCUAGAAGAAGGAAGCUGUAAGAUUUGACAGACAACAGCUGAGCUGCAUAUGACGAUGAGCGUCCCAGACUACAUGCAGUGCGCCGAGGACCACCAGACGGUCCUGGUGGUGGUCCAACCGGUGGGCAUCGUUCCCGAGGACCAGUUCUUCAAGAUCUACAAGCGCAUCGCCAGCGUAAACCAGGUGAACAUCAGGGACUCUCAGCGUCUCCUCUACAUCCGCUACCGCCACCACUACCUGCCCGAGAACAACGAGUGGGGCGACUUCCAGACGCACCGCAAAGUGGUGGGGCUGGUCUGCAUCACGGCGUGCGACUCGGUCAAGGACUGGCCGCAGACCGCCGAGCGUUUCCACGGCCAGAAGGAGGUGUACAGCUCCACCCUGUACGACUCGCGCCUGCUGGUGUUCGGGCUGCAGGGGGAGAUCGCCGAGCAGCAGCGCACCGACGUGGCCUUCUACCCCAGCUUCCAGGAUUGCUCCGACGUAGAGAGGAGGAUCGAGGACUUUGUGGAGUCCAUCUUCAUCGUUUUAGAGUCCAAGCGUCUGGACCGGGCCACGGAUAAGUCUGGAGACAAGAUCCAGCUCCUCUGUGUGCCAUUUGAGAAGAAGGACUUUGUGGGUUUGGACACAGACAGCAGGCAUUACAAGAAGCGCUGCCAGGGUCGGCUGAGGAAGCAUGUCGGGGACCUGUGCCUGCAGGCGGGCAUGCUGCAGGACGCGCUGGUCCACUACCACAUGGCCGUGGAGCUGCUCAGGGGGGUCAAUGAUUUCCUCUGGCUCGGUGCUGCGUUGGAAGGGUUAUGUUCGGCCUCUGUGAUCUUCCACUACCCCGGGGGCACAGCGGGGAAGACGACCGCACGCAAACCCAGCAUCUCCCAGCCGGCCGACGCAGGGAAACGCCACCGACCGGGGGCUCAGGAGGUUCUCAUUGAUCCAGGCGCCCUGACAGCCGGCGGCAUCAGUGCAGACACCAGCACAGAGAUCGGACGAGCCAAGAACUGCCUGAGUCCAGAGGAUAUUAUUGAGAAAUACAAGGAGGCCAUCUCCUACUAUGGAAAGUACAAGAACGCAGGUGUGAUCGAGCUGGAGGCCUGCGUCAAAGCCGUCAGGGUGCUGGCCAUCCAGAAGAGAGCCAGGGAGGCUUCAGAGUUCCUGCAGAACGCUGUUUACAUCAACCUGGGGCAGCUAUCAGAGGAGGAGAAGAUCCAGCGCUACAGCAUCCUGUCCGAGCUCUAUGAACUCAUCGGCUUCCACCGCAAGUCAGCUUUUUUCAAACGCGUGGCGGCCAUGCAGUGUGUGGCCCCCACCAUCCCUGAGCCGGGCUGGAGGGCCUGCUACAAGCUGCUGCUGGAGACUUUACCCGGAUACAGCCUGUCCCUCGACCCCAAGGACUUCAGCAUAGGCACCCACAGAGGCUGGGCUGCUGUACAGAUGCGCCUGCUGCACGAGCUGGUGUACGCCUCCCGCCGCAUGGGCAACCCGGGCCUGUCUGUGCGCCACCUGUCCUUCCUGCUGCAGACCAUGCUGGAUUUCCUGUCUGAUCAAGAAAAGAAAGAAGUGACCCAGAGUCUGGAGAACUACACCUCUAAGUGCCCAGGUGGGAUGGAGGUCAUCACGCUUUCUGAUGGACUGAAGCUCCCUCCGGUUCCCUUCACCAAGCUACCCAUCGUCAGAUCCGUUAAGCUGCUCAACCUGCCAGCCAGUCUGCGGCCCCACAAAGUUAAAGGUCUGCCGGGUCAGAACGUGUCCACCGCCAGUCCCUUCAUCUACUCCCCAAUAAUAAUGCACAACAGAGGAGAGGAGCGCUGCAAAAAGAUAGACUUCCAGUGGGUUCAAGGAGACGUUUGUGAAGUGCAGCUGAUGGUCUACAACCCGAUGCCCUUCGAGCUUCGUGUGGAGAACAUGGGUCUGCUGACUUCUGGAGUGGAGUUUGAAUCUCUGCCAGCUGCUCUAUCCCUGCCUGCUGAGUCUGGUCUCUACCCCGUUACUCUAGUUGGAGUCCCACGCACAGCUGGCAACAUCACGGUCAACGGUUACCACACGUCUGUGUUCGGUGUGAGCAGCGAUUGCCUGCUGGAGGGUCUGCCUAGUGUUAAGACGAGUGGCUGCUUGGUGGAAGUCAUUCCCUCUCUUCCUCGUCUUCAGCUCAGCACAUCACUUCCACGAUCAGCUCACACAAAUCAGCCCAUGUCCAAAGAACAGCUCUCCAGCUCUGUGUCCAUCCAGCUGUUUAACGGAGAAAAGCAGCAAGUGACCAUCACCUUGGAAAACAUCGGGACCGAAGACAUUGAGAGUCUGGAGCUGACCUCUAAGACCGUCAACACCAAAGAAAAAGUGUUUGGGAAAUUUCUCAGCUGGGACCUAGAGGAAGCAUUACGUCACCUUCCACUGAAGCCUGGCCAGACUGUGACUCUGACCAUCAGCAUCAAAGUCAAGCUGGACUUUUCUGGUCAGGAGAACCUGCUGCAGGACCUCAAUGACGAUGGGAUCAGUGUGACAGGUUUACCAAUCUCUAGUCCGCUCAGGCAAGUCCUCAAACCCAGGGCCGAGACUAAAGCGGUGAGCAGCGAGUCUGGGAAGGCCGAGUACAGCCAUGUUAAGACUUUGGAGGCCGUGCUGAACUUCAAGUACUCCGGAGGAGCAGGCAAAAUGGAGGGCUACUACAGAGAGCUGUCACUGGGCGUCCAUGUAGACAUAGAGCCUUCUGUGUUUUUUACCAGAGUCAGCGCCCUUCCUGCUACCAGCACCCGGCAAUGCCAUCUUCUUCUUGACAUCUUCAACCCGACAGAACAUGAGCUCACUGUCAGCGCCAAGAACAGCAAGGACCUGGUGCUCCAUCCCAGCGAGUGUCAGAGGAUGGCCAUCCAGGUGGAGAAGUUUGACUUUGAGAGUUUGCCCCAGCUGGACCAGGAGACGACUCGCCUCAGUAGCCCCAAACAGCUGGAGGAGGAGCGACAGCAGGCCCAAGGCUGCCAGAUCAACAGCAAGCUGGACAUCUGCUGGAGCAUACCAUCUCUACAGCGACGCGGAGAGGCCAGCGUGGAGGGAGCCCUGAACCAGCUGGUCCUGGAGCACAUGCAGCUCGCUCCGUUGCAGUGGGAUGUGUUGGUGAACGGGAAGCCAUGUGACUGCGACGUGGUAGUAGACUGUAAGGUGGGCGACGCCGUGACGCUGGAGGUGAAACUGACCAACCUGAGCAAGAGCCCGGUGGGCCCGCUGUCUCUGAGCGUGAUGCCGUAUCAGGACUACCAGAACGGGGUCCAGAAUUAUGACCUGGAUGAAGCCGUCACCUUCAUCGGCUCCAACACCUUCUUCAUUGACACGGUCAAACCCAAAGAGAGUUCUGUGUGUGAGGGUGCCAUGCUGCUUCUUUACACCGGAGAUUUCUACCUUAACAUGAAGGUCCAGGAUGACAGCGCCCGAAGAGAGCUUCCCCUGGCCUGGUUCACUCUGCCGGGAGUUCACAUCAGGGCCCAGGACACUCCACUGCAGGCGGGGGCCUAGGGCCUUUGGGGGCUUCUGGGGGCCUCUGUGUCUUCAGCGUCAUGCAGCAGAAAGAUAAAGAUAAACGUAUUACCAAAUGUCAGAGCUACAUGGAAAAGGGACUUUUCUGGUUGGUUUAAGCUUAAGCUCAGAAUGUUGAACCAGAUCAACACAAACUGAUCUCUGAAGGCAGAAAACUUUUUUAAAGGUUAAAACUUGACGUAAAAACAUUAAUAUUAAAUAAAACUAACUUUGUCUAUUGGUUACAAGAAAAGCUAGCUUAACUUUAAGCUUUGAUUUGCAUGUUUUUUAAGGUCUGAGAGUCCAUUUUCUCCUGAGGAACCUGCAGUAUAGAAUAGCAUGGAUAGAUAGUAUACAUUGUUAGAUCCCUCUGUGACACGGCUCUAUGUUCACUAACUUUAUUCUGUUUCUGUUGUUUUCUUGCUGUGUUAUUAUAUUUUUCUUUAAUGCUGCAGAGCACUUCAGCAGAAACAUAUUGACUAACUGGGCUUAUUGUGCUGACUUUGUCCCUCACCUCUAUGCCAGAAACCCUGAAAUAUAAAUCCAUUUGAUUACAUUGAUUAUGAUAAAAUGCUGUAAAUAAAGGCUAAAAAAAGCUGAA